CGCCUGCUCUGGACUACAAGGAUUCCUGAUUUUCCACAGCUUUGGAGGAGGCACAGGUUCAGGCUUUACCUCCUUGCUGAUGGAGCGCCUCUCUGUGGACUAUGGCAAGAAGUCCAAACUGGAAUUUGCCAUCUAUCCGGCCCCACAGGUUUCCACGGCUGUGGUGGAGCCCUACAAUUCCAUCCUGACCACUCACACGACCUUGGAGCAUUCCGACUGUGCCUUCAUGGUGGACAACGAGGCCAUCUACGACAUCUGUCGGCGCAAUUUGGACAUUGAGCGCCCCACUUACACCAACUUGAACCGCCUCAUCAGCCAGAUCGUUUCCUCCAUCACCGCUUCCCUGCGCUUUGAUGGUGCCCUCAACGUAGACCUGACGGAGUUCCAGACAAACCUGGUGCCCUACCCUCGCAUCCACUUCCCGCUGGUGACCUAUGCGCCCAUCAUCUCCUCUGAGAGGGCCUACCACGAGCAGCUAUCUGUGGCCGAGAUCACCAGCUCUUGCUUUGAGCCCAACAACCAGAUGGUGAAAUGUGACCCUCGCCAUGGAAAGUACAUGACCUGCUGCAUGCUCUACCGUGGCGAUGUGGUGCCCAAAGAUGUGAAUGUAGCCAUUGCUGCUAUCAAGACCAAGAGAGCAAUCCAGUUUGUGGACUGGUGCCCAACUGGCUUCAAGGUUGGCAUCAACUACCAACCCCCUACGGUAACCCCUGGAGGAGAUCUGGCUCAAGUGCAACGGGCCGUCUGCAUGCUUAGCAACACGACCGCCAUUGCUGACGCCUGGGCAAGGCUCAACCACAAGUUUGAUCUCAUGUUUGCCAAGAGGGCCUUUGUCCAUUGGUAUGUUGGGGAAGGCAUGGAAGAAGGGGAGUUUGUUGAAGCUCGAGAAGAUCUGUCUGCCCUGGAGAAGGAUUAUGAGGAAGUGGAAACUGACUCAUUUGAACCAAUGCUUGACAGCGAGGAAAUCUAACAAUUUGCUCUUCUCUGUACACCAAA